GUUGUCAAACUGGGCGAGGGAAAUCUCAACAUCUGUGAAGUAGCCUAAAAGUGUGUCCACACAGCUCUUUUAGGUCUUCCCUAAACAAUCUGUGGUGCGUCUUCCUUCAAUGCAAUAUUCGGUGACUUUUGCGAUCGGAGAAGGGCUAAAGCUGUUCAAUGCAGGUUUCAAGACGAGUUGAAUCCUGUCAACUAUAAAGUCAACGAAAAAGCCUGCAACAAUAAUAACGUUCCCUAACGUCAGCUAACAACAACAGUCACCGCUUAUCAUGUCGUCAAUUCUUCCUUGCGUGGCAGAACAAUUGCUAAAGGACAUUCAAAAAAGUUACAAGGAAGGUUCUGAGCUGCCGGACGAUUUGCUUAUUGCGUUGCAAUAUGUGUUUGGCUCGAGUGCCAUCCAGGCUCUGGACCUUGUGGACCGUCGCAGUGUGACCUGUGUGUCAUCUCCCAGUGGGAGGAGAUUAUUUCGGGUGUUAGGGGGAUCAGGUAAGCUGUACACCUGUUUCACCUCGUGCCACUACUGCCCGUGUCCUGCCUUCUCCAUGGCCGUGUUAAAGAGGAGCAGUGGUCUGCUGUGUAAGCACAUCCUGGCGGUGUACCUGUGUCAGGCCAUGGGGCUGUCUCAGCAGGAGCAGGUCUCCGAUCAGGACAUGUCCCGCAUCCUGGCAGGCCAGGCACUCUCGGAGUCUUAGAGGAAUGACUCCAGAACAGAAUACUAACAGCAGACUGGCCUGCCGACAGGUGGGGACAAACGGGUCAGUUAUCCCAGGCCCAGGAAGGGAGGCUCAUUGUCUGUAUUGAGAAGGGGGCCCUCUCAGAAGAUUUUGUCCCAUGCUCAGUCAAAGUGGUCAGUACCAGCAGGUGCACCUAAAUACCAUUGACAGAGAUGUUGAAUUAGAAUCAGAUACUGAGUGAUGAAUUUCAGUUAUGAAUUCAUUUGGUUUUUCGUUUGCAUGAACACAGCUUGAGGUUUUACUUGGAAGCUUCAAAUAACCUGUGAUUUGCAUACUUUGUAUUUGUGUGUGGAUGUGGAUACAAAAAGACGAAGAAUGCAUGAAUAUCGAAUGCUGUAUGUUUGAAGUAUGCAUUUUCUGAAUUACAUAGUCAACACUAUGUUCGACCUGUUUUUAAGUGUUUCAUUAUACACCAUCAAACUUUUUCCUGUGUAGAUGUAUCAAGUAUUUGGCAUUUUACCGUGUUCAAACUUGCAUUGUGCAGAUGAUCACUGUUACCUGUCCUAUCUUGCACUUUAUGUCAGUCUGUAAAAUGACAGUCUUGCACAGUAUAUGCCUAUGUCCUGGCAUGGUAUAGAGUGAAAACGUAAUUUCAUUUUCCUUGUAUGACAGAAAGUGACAAUAAAAGCUGACUUGACUUGA